CGCGCCCGCUUGCCUGUUUCCUGCCGCCGCCGCUCCAGGGCCAUGGCGACCUGCUUUCGGCUGUGGAGCUGCGGGGCCCCGCGCCUCCCGCCGGCGCCGCCCGGCCGCCUCCGCCCCCGCGCCGGCUGCCUGGUGCCCGCCUCGGGGCCCGCGCCCGGCCCGGCCCAGCUCCGCGGCUACGCCGGGGGCCCGGCGAGCCUCUCCACGGCGCUGCUGCGCACCGACAGCUUCGUGGGCGGCCGCUGGCUCCCGGCCGCCGCCACCUUCCCGGUGCACGACCCGGCCAACGGCGCCGAGCUGGGCAUGGUGGCCGACUGCGGGGUGCCUGAGGCCCGCGCCGCCGUGCGCGCCGCCUACGAGGCUUUCUGCAGCUGGAGGGGGACCUCGGUCAAGGAGAGGAGUUCAUUACUUCGGAAAUGGUACAAUUUAAUGAUACAAAAUAAGGAUGACCUUGCCAAGAUAAUCACAGCUGAAUGUGGAAAGCCAUUGAAGGAGGCAGAGGGAGAAAUUCUCUAUUCUGCCCAAUUCCUAGAGUGGUUUUCAGAGGAAGCCCGUCGCAUUUAUGGAGACAUUAUUUAUACCGCAGCAAAGGAAAAGCGGGCCUUGGUGCUCAAGCAACCCGUAGGUGUGGCUGCAGUCAUCACCCCGUGGAAUUUCCCCAGCGCCAUGAUCACCAGGAAGGUGGGGGCUGCCCUGGCAGCCGGCUGCACUGUGGUGGUGAAACCUGCCGAAGACACGCCAUUCUCUGCCCUGGCCCUGGCCGAGCUUGCAAACCAGGCCGGAAUUCCUCCAGGUGUAUACAAUGUCGUUCCCUGCUCUCGAAAGAAGGCCAAGGAAGUAGGAGAAGCACUUUGUACUGAUCCGCUGGUGUCCAAAAUUUCCUUUACUGGCUCAACAGCUACUGGAAAGAUCCUGUUGCGUCAUGCAGCAAACUCUGUGAAAAGGGUCUCCAUGGAGCUGGGUGGCCUUGCUCCAUUCAUUGUAUUUGACAGUGCCAACGUGGACCAGGCUGUAGCAGGGGCCCUGGCAUCUAAAUUUAGGAACUCUGGACAGACUUGUAUUUGCUCAAACCGAUUCUUGGUGCAAAGAGGUAUCCAUGAUUCCUUUGUAAAAAAUUUUGCUGAGGCAAUGAAGAAAAACCUGCGUGUAGGUAAUGGAUUUGAGGAGGGAACCACUCAAGGCCCAUUAAUUAAUGAAAAAGCCAUAGAAAAGGUAGAAAAACACGUGAGCGAUGCAGUUUCCAAAGGGGCCACCGUUGUGACAGGUGGGAAGCGACACCAACUUGGAAAAAAUUUCUUUGAGCCCACCCUGCUCAGUAAUGUCACCCGGGACAUGCUUUGCUCUCAAGAAGAGACUUUUGGGCCUCUGGCACCAGUUAUCAAGUUCGACACAGAGGAGGAGGCUAUCGCGAUCGCUAACGCAGCUGACGUUGGGUUGGCAGGUUAUUUCUACUCUCAAGACCCAGCCCAGAUCUGGAGAGUGGCAGAGCAGCUGGAAGUUGGCAUGGUGGGCGUUAAUGAGGGACUGAUGUCCUCUGUGGAGUGCCCUUUUGGUGGGGUGAAGCAGUCUGGCCUUGGGCGAGAGGGGUCCAAGUAUGGCAUUGAUGAGUAUCUGGAACUCAAGUAUGUGUGUUACGGAGGCUUGUAGGAGUCUUCAGCCUUCAAAAAAUAACAAAAGGAGCUUCCCUUAUAUGGGGAAAUGCCAUCCACUAUUUAAAAUAAACUAAUAGGUUAUCUGAAUAAUGAAUUUUUUAGAACUCAUCUAGUCUUCAUAAUCUUAAGCAGAUGCAAAUUCUACUCUCUCCUUACCUAACUAGGGACCAAUAUGUGCCACGUUCUGUGGCUGCAGAACCCAGGAGAGCCACCAUCAGGGUUACAGGAGGAAGCCCUGGGACCCCAGCACAUCCCAGUCUGUGUUGGGGCAAGGUGCCGUGAGGCUGGCCAGCCCUCUGACCCGUCACAAAGGCUUGAUCACUGCCUGGCCAGUGACACCACCAUCUUCUACAUGGCUUCAGAGCUUGGGCCCUGAGCAUUUCAAGGGAGACCCUUGAGUAUGACUGAUGGGCAGGUUGGGGGCACAGCAACCCCUUCCCUAGCCAUCUGCCAGCCCAACACUAAAGACACUGUGUGUGGAGGUGUUGCAGCAGAGGUUGAGUUAAUGAUUUUUUAAAAAACUGCUGAAAUAGCACAGAACUGCCUGUGCCUCUGUGAGGAAUGAAGGAGCACCUCUCCCUUCUGCUGGAUCAAUUUUUAAAUUGAAGUCUUCAUCACUCUAAAUUUACUGCUUAAAGGUUAUGUUUUCAUUUCUGUCCUCUUUGCCACUUCAUUUUGUUUCCUUUAGGAAAUGAGUGAAGCAUAAGGCAAAGACUAGCAGAGGCAGCUUGGAGAAUGGGAAGCAUGUGCUUGCUCGGCCUGGCUCCUGCACGGAGGAGCUUUGCUAACAGCACCUCCCAUCCCACGUGGGGAGUGGAAAGUCCACAUGGGCCAUUCUUAGCGCAAUGGGAUAUUGUGAGCCUGAGAGAAAGUGGAAGUGCUUUGCAAAAAAAUGAAAGUUCAUUGUAAGUGCAGGAGCUGUUGUUAUCAUCAUGAACAGCCCCACCCAGCCCCCUCUUGUGCAUUGGCAGUGGCUUUGCCAAGAUCAGGGGAGACUGGUGCCCAUCUACCAACCCCCAAGCCUGAGGAAGUGGCUGUUGCAUGCAGCCUGCUCUUUCUGUCCUGGUGCAGUGCUCCUCCUUCUUCCCAUCUCCUGUGUGUAGACUCCACUCACGUUCUGUGGAUAUUCCCAGUAAUGGAAGGAAAACAUGAAUGGAAGUAGCUCUAGAGGCCAUUACUCCUGAACCCCGCCCAGUACUUAGCAUUCCUCACUGAGCCUUUGGGGAGCUGUGGGAGAGUAAUAAAAGUUCUAGAACGUCCUUGUGUGCAUAGGGAUGUCCUCAAGUCCUGGAGCUGCCUCACAUCUGGCCUGGAUUAUACCAGCUCUAUCCCUAAGGCCUGAAGAAGAAAACAGCUGAAAUCCACCUCUUACUGACACUGCCCACCCCCGGGCAAGAACCACAUAUGCAGUGUUUUGGCAGUUAAUUUCUGCUCUUUAUUUGCAUAGUUUUUAGGUGGUUUUAUAUAAUAUUCUACUUAAGAUUUGGGUGUAUCCAUCCUUUUUCUAUCAAGAACACAAAUGCUCUGACGUUAUUUUUUUAGAAGUUUGGAAUACUGGUGCUGAGAUGUGCGGAGGAAUAGUUUUGAAUACAUUUUUAACUUUGUAAGCCAGUGGAUUCCUUGGCUGGGUGGCAGAUUUUUAAAUUUCCUUGCAUGUUUGGACCCCUAGAUACAUAGAAUGAGAGCCAGAGACUCAUUGCAAUAUCCUUGAUCAAUUUUGUAAUUAAAAUCAUUUGAAAAGGAAAUAACUUAUUGUUUAGUAAAAUGAUUCUGGGUUGUAGGAAGAAAGAGAAUCAUUUUUAAAUUAACAUUUUUUGUUGUUAUUUUUCAAUAAAGGUAAACGUGAUGAAUGGGAAUUUUUAAAAAUAUAUUUUACAACGUGAAAUAGAAAAGGAAUGUUAGACCUGGGGUUGGCAAACAAUGACCCACAAGCCAAAUCUGGCCUGCCACCUGUUUUUGUACAACCCAUGAGCUAAGAAUGGUCUUUAUAGUUUCAAAUGGGAAAAAAAUAAAAAGAGGAACAAUCUUUCACAACACAAAAAUUAUAUGGAAUUCGGAUUUCAGUGUCCGUAAAUAAAAUUUUAUUGGAACACAGUAACAUCCAUCCAUUUAUGGUAUGGUCUCUGCAAUGACUACUUUCUUGGCAGUUGAAUAGUUGCAACAAAGGCAGUAUAGCCUACAAUGCCUCAAAUAAUAUUUAGUAUCUGAAUAUUAAAGAAAAAGUUUGCCAGCCCCUGAUCUAGACCAAGAGGGAGAUACUGCCCUUCCUGAGUUUAUCGGUUAUUAUUUCAUUUUAUUAAUACCUUCUGUGUAGGAAGUACUUUUCUGAGCAUUGCUACCAUGAGUUCUCAGCAGGAACUUCCCAGCAAUUAUAACCCAAAUGAAAUUACCCAUACAACAAGAAUCUAUUGGCCCUGAAAAAACGCUUCUCCAUUUACUUCCUCCAGCUAUGUAGGGAUUCUCGUUUAAAGAGCUGAUGUGCAUCUGUUGUCUGUGUAUGUUUAAGUGGCUUUUAAAUAGGAUUUUACGUCAAGUGCUGUUUCUUCUACCUUUAUUCUUAUGGAUUGACUCAGUAAAAUAAAGAUCAGAAGCAAAUGUAAACAAAUCUAUGUUAUUGUUAACUUCAAUUAUGAACUUGAAAUUGUGCCACAUGACUUUCUUCUCUUAAGGCUGGAUCCCAGAUUCUUAAUUACCCAUGUGCAGCUAUUUUAAAUAGGAUUUUACUUGAAUUUUAACGCUGUGAUUGUGUCAUGCCAUAUUUUGUGGGAUAAAACUUGAGAAUAAGUGUGGUGGGAAAUGUAUAAAUGUUUUGCUGUUUAAACAUGUGCACAUAACUCAUUUUUCUAGUUUUUGACAAUUUUGUGUUUCAGUGUCUAGUUGGUAGACAGAGUUGUG